CGAAGUUAGUUUUUGCAUAAUUAUCGCAGUUAUAAUGACUUCAACAAAUCAAAUUAUUUGUCGUCGAUUAUUUUCGCCGACCGUGGCUCGGAAUGCCAGCUUUAGUUCAGCUGCCGUAUCCGGACAUGAAGGUAGCAGCGGUGGUACAGGAGCUGGUGGCAGUGGUGGUGGUGGUGCAAAACUUUGGAAGAAACUGACAUUUUUUGUUGCCCUCCCGGCCCUUGGACUGGCCAUGGCGAAUGCAUAUUUGAAGCAUGAGGAACAGGAACGCCCCGAGUUUGUGCCGUACGAGUAUAUGCGCAUUCGGCACAAACGUUUCCCGUGGGGCGAUGGGAAGAGGAGUUUUUUUCACAAUCCCCAUAACAAUCCCUUGCCGGAUGGAUAUGAGAACUAGGUUCGCGGUUCGGUAUGUCGAAGUUGAAUUUUUAUGAAUAUUAAACUGAAUCGAGAAAAUAAAUUUUUUUUUGCUGUUGGAAUCGAA